CAUCGCAAGAUGUUUGUGACUUUCAGCUGAUAUGCAGGUUAGCAUCCUGUAAAUUAUUUCAUUGUAAAUAUUAGAAAGCCUGGCAUUUAUAUUUUUAAUGUCAUUCGCUCAGCCCCUUUCCAAUGACGUAAAACCGAGGUUUAUAUAUGAUAAACGCAAAUACCAAAAGGAUCAUGCAAAGGGACGGCUCUUCAGAAGAAGGAUUGUUUCAGUGGUGUUGAUGGUGAGCUGAGCAACUUCCUCGAAUAUAUCUUGAAGAAAAAAAACCACUGGCUUUCGAAACUUCCUUAAAGGCUCCUUACCGUUAGCGCUCACAUGCCUCGCUCACCGAGACUCCCUCCCUUCAUGCUUGUUGACCGAUUUCGCUUCUGAUCCUGUCCGCGUACGCAGGCUGAUCGUUGCCGGACUGGAUUCCAAGUCUUUUCCAGAUACAAAGUUAUCUGAAUGUGAUUCAUCAGGAAAUCUUGCAAAUCACAUGUAAUUGCCAAAAACUCCCACUGUAGUGGGAGGCAAAAGGCAGAAUGUCUCUAUUUGUGUUCUCUCAGUUUUUCAUUGUUAUCGUGCUGUGCCAGGCUGAACAUGAAACCUGUGGAGUUUUCCCAAAAGACCCCAUUAUUAAGAUGGGUUCUGAAAUCCAAAUUAUGUUCAGUUCUCCCCAGGACAGUUUUUGUAGGAGUGUUCCUUUUUACAGUCCACACAAACUGAUCUGGAAAUUAAACGAUAAGAAGAUUGCUGAAGACUUCUACAUUGUAAAUUCGACCAUGUCGGCUGUCACCAUUCGGAGUAGCGGCAUGGUGACAUGUCACAUGCAUCUAGGUGAAAGAGAUGUCAUUUUGGGAGGCACUAACAUCACAGUCUUACUCCCACCAGUGAAACCAACUAAAAUACACUGCAAAUUAUUUGCACUCACUAAAUUUACAUGCUACUGGAACAGUGGCAACAACACAGUUCCGGGCACGGAGUAUACUGUAUACGGGAGAUUUGAGUCACGCAGUCGAAUAAUAACAGAGAGCUGCAUGUCUAAGACGGAUCACUGCACAUUCAAGAAUCCAAUAUGCGAUACAGUCAACAUCACAGUGAAGGCCCAAAAUGCAGUUGGAUCAGUGGAGUCUGACAUUGUGAGAAUCGAUAUCAAUAACGUAUUGAAAUUAUUGCCACCGGAGGUCACAGUGAAGCCAUUAUUAAACAAGCUUCAAGUGCAUUGGAAAAUGCAACACGUUCCAGCAUAUCCAGAAUCACAUAUAAUCUGUGAACUGUUGUACCAGUAUGAAAACAUUUCAGAAUCAAAGAGAGCCAAACUGGGAGGUGCUGAAAUCGUCAUGGAGCGACUUUGCGUUAAUUACACCGUAUCAAUGCGCUGUGCACCAGAGACGUCGAAGUAUUGGAGUGAUUGGAGUCCCAACGUUACAGUUUUCUCACCUCUGGAUGUGAAAGCUGUUAAGAUCUACCUUUGGAGGAAAAUAGACACACCAGAUGGGAGAGGAUUCAGACGGGUAUUGCUGAUGUGGAAGGGAGUCCUGCCAUCCUGCAAUAUAGACGGCUACAAUGUGACUGUGAGGAACCUGCAUAACGAGGAUUCCAGGGAGCUUUGGUUCAAUAUACUGGACUCAAAUACGUCUUUGGUCCUCGAUGGGAAAAUGUAUCGAAUCAGCAUAGCUGUGUCUAAAAAUAACAACACGUCUCCAGAAGUGUUCAUCACUAUACCUGCCAUAGGAGAAGACCGUCCUCCAGUAAAAGAGCUCCAGGCGUUUCCCGAACACAGCCAAUUAUACGUCACGUGGGCCCCGCCCCAAUUGCCAGUGGACCAUUACAUGGUGGAAUGGUCGACUGGCGAUGAUGUCAUAGAGUGGCAUGAAAGUCAAAGCACAAGCACCUCACUGAUAGGCCAGCCAUUUAAACUGUAUAGGAUCACAGUGUCUCCAGUUUGUGACACCUGGCCUGGACAGGAGGCCACUCUGCUCGCUUACUUCAAAGAAGGAGCGCCGGGUAACAUUUCAGUGAAAGUGACUGACAUCCAGGACAGGAGAGCCCACGUCAGCUGGACCUCUGUCCCACGAAGCCAGUGUUGUGGGUUCGUCCGGAACUACACCGUGUUCUACAAAUCCGAAACUGGGCCCGAGUUCGGUGUCACCGUGAACAGCAGUGUCGAGGAAGUUUUUUUGGAGGACCUGGACCCAAGCAAGAACUACAAAGUUCAUGUCAUGGCCAGCUCAGCGGGGGGCACCACCAACAGCACCCUCAACGUCAUCACCACGCAGAGAUACGGAACCACCUUCCUCAAGAUGCUUGGUGUUUUAGGAGGAUUUGGACUGAUAUUGGUCAUAACAGUUUGUCUGUGUUGUGUUGUCCUGAUGAAUAAGUACUUCACGAACGUGCCCAGUCCAAAGUUUAGCACUCUGGCUCUGUGGCUGAAUGAGCCUCUCCAGGACAAGAUGCAGCACAACACCAGUACACCUUCUGCUGAGAGCUACUUCCACAACCUGGAGAUCCAUCCAUACGGCUUUGAUUCCAUGAUUAUGGAGAUCAGUCCCUCACCUCUGGAGACCCUUGCUGGCCAGAAUGAGGAGCCGCAUCCUGUCUUUGAGCACAUGAAAGUUGGCGUCGUUGCCCCGGUGAGAGCCAGUGCUGUGCCCUCCUUGUUUGUCGGCCCAUCCCAGACCUGCGGGCACUCUGCUGAGAGCGACGACGGGAGGACUGCCGGCAGCACACCAGCCAGCCAGGAACCAAGAGACUGUAAUUCCACUAUUCCCUGUUGGGGAAACCUUUUGGGCAAAAAUGGAUAUGUUGGAGAAGAAGCACUGCUUCCCCCUAGUAAGGAGAUGCAACCCUUUCUGGAACCACCUAAAAAUACACCACAGGCCUAUGUCACAUUGGAUUUACUUGGGCAGUCGGCCAAUGGAUGAAUAUAAUCAUUAUUAACACGUAAACACACAGACAGCAAGUGCAUACACAGGUCCACACUGCUUUGGCAACUAGUACACGUUCCAAAUAAUUUUGUCAUAUAUGGUAAAUACACUGUUAAUAUAGUUGCUUAGCGUAGGCCAGUAUUGCUGUACUGUUGCGUGCGUCAAUCACAGUGGUUUGAGCGUCUGUUCAGUAAAGCAGAGUAAAGCAGCAGCCCAUCUUGGGGUUUAAUAAAUGACCCCUUGGGCAGAAUCUUCAUGAUCUACCUCCAAGUAUGGAGGAGAAAUCCAUGCAUCUUUCAUAACCACUUAUUUAGUGCAGGAUCCUAGUUAGGGUUGGGGCAGAAGGUAGGGGACACGCUCCACCACAGCUGGGCACGUGGUCUCGCACCAUGGGGAGCUUGUAGGUAGAUUCCCUGACUCCUGUGGGCCAUGGGAGGAACCUGUGGGAACUCACAGGAUCUUGGUGAAAGACAAAGAGAAAACACACAAACUCGGAUGCUUUGAAAAGCUCAUAAGUUAUCCUUUACAAGAUAUCAAAGUCUUGUGAGAUGCAAUGUGUUUGCUCACUUGGCAAGCCACAGUUCCGAUAAUGUAAUAAAGUUACCUCAGAGGGGACAUGUGGGGGGGCUGGGAGUGCUUUUUAGAGCUGGUCGCAGCCUUUGAUGGUGAAAAAAAAACAAUUAACUCUGUAUCUACACUGUAUCUAUAUCUGUGUUCAUCCGUAUAAUCUGUGAAAAAGCCCUGAAAAUGUGCAGAAUCCUUGCAGUUCAGAACAGAAGACAAAUAUGUAGCAGUGUGGCUUCAUAACAGAGAGAUUUGUCUGGGAAAAUACUGCAGCAUCGUCUUGGUGCUUGUUUUGUUUCUUCCAUAUGUGUCUGUGUUAAUCGUACGGUAGAAUACAAAUUAGAUAAAAUAUUAUAUUAGCUACCUAUGUGAUAUAUGGCUUAAGCAUAUUUAUUGUGCUUAUUUCAGUAGCUUCAGUGUGCACAUAAUAUUAAAAUGUCAUGAUCUAUCCAUUUUUUGGGUACAUGUUCAGGGUGCAAGUUUAAUUUUCAACUUUUCAUUUAGCUUUAUUCAGGAGAUCACGCAGCUAUACUUUUAUACAAUAACCCAUUUUAGCAUAUAAACAUAUAAAAGCACUCUGCAGUACAUUUUCAGACAAUACAAUCAGUGCUGAUUAGUGUGUCACAAGUUCCAUCUGUCUUUGCCCCUGUUGAAACAGGUUUAGAAAAUUAAAUUCACAUUUAAGCCUUAAUCUACCAGUAAAUAUGCAUGCUGUCCUGUGUGUGUGUGUGUGUGUGUGUGUGUGUGUGUGUGUGUGUGUGUGUUUGUGACUUUGUCCAAGGCUCCCUGCAUUACUGAAAUUUUGUAAAAGUGAAACAGGAACUCCAGCUAUAACUUGCUUCUUUGGGUACUUGCAUGGGACUAUGCUAUGUUCUAUGAAAAAAAAAUAUUGCUAUUACUGUUCGUAUGUUUACGGGAAUGUAGUCCUUGUAAGAGUCAGUUUGGAGACAUUCUACGUCUGGUAUAAAAAAUGGCUGCCCUGUAAUUUGGAGUGAUUCUGCUUCUGUCAAUGUUUGUGAAUGUUCUGUCGUAUUAAAUAUUGAUGGUCCUUCCA